AGCGAACAAGACCGACCGGUCGACCAUCCUGCAGAGGCCAUGGCGUUCGUGAAGCUCGUGAAGAACAAUGCUCACUUCAAGCGGUACCAGACGAAGAGGAGGAGGAGGAGGGAAGGCAAGACCGACUACAGGGCGAGGAAGAGGCUCAUCACCCAGGACAAGAACAAGUUCAACACCCCCAAGUACCGCAUGAUUGUCCGUACCUCCAACCGCUACGUCUACUGCCAGAUCGCCUGGGCCACCACCAAGGGUGACCGCAUCCUUGCUGCUGCCUGCUCCAAGGAACUCCCCCUGAAGUACGGACUCCCCGGCGCUGUUGGUCUCAAGAACUGGACUGCUUGCUACGCUACCGGUUUCUUGCUCGCUCGCCGUGUGCUCAAGAAGCUCAACCUCGACGAGCUCUACAAGGGCCAGGAGGAGGUUAGCGGAGAGGACUACACCGUCAAGUCCAACAACGAGGGCAAGAAGGACAAGAAGAGCAAGGACCCCGAGCCCUUCCGCGUCUGCCUUGACGUCGGUCUCCAGACCACCAGCACUGGUGCUCGCAUCUUCGGUGCUCUCAAGGGAGCUCUCGACGGUGGACUCGACAUCCCUCACUCCGUCCGCCGCUACCCAUGCGGAGACCAGGAGGACUUUGCUGAGACCGUGCACGAGUACAUCCUCGGCAAGCACGUCGCUGGCUACAUGGAGCAUCUCGAGGAGGAGGAUCCCGAGCUCUACAAGACCCACUUCAGCAAGUACCACGAGGCCGAUGUGAACGCUGAGAACAUGGAGGAGGUCUGGGAGUCUGUCUACGAGAAGAUCAGGGAGGAUCCUGCUCACGUCAAGACCGAGAAGAAGCUGCCGCCCAAGAAGAAGAUCAAGCGCGCCAAGCUCUGCGCCUCUCAGAGACAGGACCGCAUCCGUCAGAAGAUGGAGUCUUUCCAGAAGGCCCAGGCUGACGAGUAAAGGAGUAGCACGAGCGCUGUUUUAUAAUGAACAGAUUUCGCG